AUGGGGAAUAGUGAAUGGCAUAGCCGUUACCCAUGUUCCGAAACACUUUUUUUGGAACUUGGUGAGUCCGAUCAUAGACCGCUGGUCACAUUUAUUUCGGACACAACAGAGGAGAGAAGAGGAGUGUUCAUGUAUGAUUCUCGAAUGAGAGAUAAAGAUGGUUUUCAAGAGGCAGUGAUAAGAGGAUGGGACAGACAUCUUGGUUCUGCAAACGCAGAUAUAUCUUUCGGAUCAAGGAUACAGAAUUGCCGAAAAGAGAUUUCCAGAUGGAAAAGGAAUAAUAGGAACAAUGCUCAGGAAAAGAUCAAGAUUAUCCGACACAGGUUAGACAAAGCCAUGGUUUCUCCACUUGCUACGACACAAGAAAGGAACAGAUUAAGGGAGGAGCUCAAUCAUGCAAAUGCAGAGGAAGAGGCUUUUUGGAAACAGAAGAGUAGAAACAACUGGCUUAAAGCUGAGGAGAUAACGCUAUUGAGAGAUAAUGAGAACAAGAACAUAUGGGUGUUCCUCCAACCCUGGAGUCCAGGCCUAUGGGUCACCACCGGGGGUUUCUUCGUCCUCAUUGGUUUUGUUGUGUGGCUGUUUGAACAUAGGAUCAAUGACGACUUCCGUGGACCGCCUCAACACCAGAUCGGUACUAGCUUCUGGUUCUCCUUCUCUACCAUGGUCUUUGCGAACCGUGAAAAGGUGGUAAGCCCCUUGGCAAGGUUUGUGGUGAUUGUGUGGUGCUUUGUGGUGCUAGUGCUGACUCAAAGCUACGAAGCGAAUCUCACAUCUGUCCUGACGGUAAAACGUCUAUACCCAACGGCCAUAACUGUUGAAGAUCUCAUCAGACAUGAGAAGCCUGUAGGGUACCAACGCGGUGCUUUCGUUAAAGAUAUUUUAAAAGCUCUGCAAUUUAGUGAAACUCAGCUCAAGGCUUUUGGUUCCGCCGAAGAAUGUGACGAGCUCUUUUCCAAUGGGACAAUUGUAGCAGCUUUCGACGAAGUGGCAUACCUUAAGGCUAUUAUCUCUAAGUACUGCUCCAAAUACGCCAUGGUUGAGCCUUUCUUUAAAACCGCUUCCUUUAAAACCGCUGGUUUUGGCUUUGCAUUUCCUAAGAAUUCACCUCUGACGGAUGAUUUCUCAAGGGCUAUAUUGAAUUUAACUCGAGAUAAUAAAAUGGAAAACAUCAAGAACGAAUGGUUCAAGAAAGAAAGUAACUGUUCUGAUCCAAAGACAGAACUUUCGUCCAACCGUCUCAGGCUAAGUAACUUCUUGGGUCUGUUUUUAAUAGCAGGCAUUGCUUCGUUCUUGGCCUUUCUCGUCUUUGUAGCUCUCAUCUUGUACGAACACAGGCACACGCUUUGGAAUGAUUCCAAAGGUUCCUUGUGGAGAAAGCUAAUUUUUUUUUUCAGAAUCUUGGAUGAGAAGGACAUGAAUUCGCAUACGUUCAAGAACAAUGCCGUUCAUAAUGUGAUCUCGCCAAUAACUCACCGCACUCCGAGUCCUUCCACUGUGCAGAUGACCAGACCAUGGCCACGUAGCAUGUCAUUAAACAGGAAUUUUGAGCUAAGAAGGGCCUCUUUAUUCAUGAGCGAAGAACGUUUCACAACGCUAACGAAACAUGAUGAAAAUGGAGAAUCUGAUAUGGAAUCUGGAGCUAAAUGA